AUGGCUCAAAGGGACUUCUUCAACGGCAAUGGAACCACGGCAGCCCCAGACAGAAACUCCAAGGCAGUGGUACUUUCGCUUCUAGAACUACCGCCUGCACAAAAAGAGUUGUCUGACCUGAACACUGACAUGUAUAGUAUGAUGCAUCGAGUGCUGACAACUCUUCCACCAAACUCAGAGCCAGUCAAUGGCAAUGGUAUCGAAUCUAUAUAUCAUCAGAAGAAGAACGAUUUCAUGAAAAACAAUGGCCAUAAGGAGAAUAGAGCAAAGGAACUUGCCCAUAAACGCAUCCUCAGCGAUGACGCCCACGGCAUGUCCUUGACAGACAUCCUGGCACUGUCUGGCUUCCAGACAAAGUACAGUUUGCGAUGUGACCAUUGCAAAGACGAGAAUAGCUGUCGUUUUUACAAACCUGAGAUUGCUUAUAGCCGCAAAAUGACUCCUAAGUGCCACGAAUGCUACGGCACUAAGCAUGUAUGCACAUUUCAUGCCAUCGCAAAUACGACAGACCUUGUAGAUGCGAUACGUAACUUCGAGGCAUUCAAGCGCCACGUACCUUGUAAUCGGUGCUACGCUAGACAAAAAGAGUGCGACAACCGAGCUGGUGUUUGCGAGAGGUGUGAGGCUGAAGGUGAAGAGUGCGUACGAGAAACUUGUGAGAAUGGGAGCGAGCCCGGCGACGAGUCACGCUGCCACAAGGAUUGCGACAAGGCUCAUGAGGAUGAUGGAUACACAAACAUAUCAGAGACACCUAGGGGUAAAGGAUGCAAUGUGCGUCUGCGUUUACGAAAAGAUGCGCAAGCAGACCGAAUUGGGUUCUGA